GCGGGCCGGGCGGCUGUGCUGGCCGGGGCGAUGCGGGGCUGCGCGGUGCUGGCCUGCCUGGGCCUGGGCUACGCGGGCUACCUGCUCCUGGGCGCGCUGGUCAUCUCGGCCGUCGAGCGUCCCGUGGAGAGCCGCCUGCGGGCCGAGCUGCGGGCGCAGAAGGCCGCCUUCCUGGCGCAGAGCCCCUGCCUGGGCGAGGAGGCCCUCGAGCGCUUCCUGGCCGCCCUCCUCGCCGCCAACCGGCACGGCGUCACUCUGCCCCGAAACGGCUCCAACGCCGCCGCCGCCUCCAACUGGGACUUCGCCUCCGCCUUCUUCUUCUCCAGCACCUUGAUCACCACCGUCGGCUAUGGCUACACCACCCCACUCUCGGAUGCUGGCAAAGCCUUCUGCAUCUUCUACGCGCUGCUGGGUGUUCCCUUCACCAUGCUCUUGUUGACGGCCACCGUGCAGCGCCUGGUUGCCACCUUCACUUCUGGACCCCUGGAGUAUCUGACAAGGCACUGGGGGUGUGAUCGGCGGGCCCUGUCUUGUGGACACCUAUUCUUGUUGGCGGUGGGAGUACUGGUGGCCUUCUUUCUGGUGCCUGCUGCCAUCUUCAGCACAUUGGAGGAAACUUGGAGCUUCCUGGAUGCCUUCUACUUCUGCUUCAUCUCCCUUUGCACCAUUGGCCUUGGUGACUACGUCCCUGGGGAGCAGCCAGGACAACCACUGCGUUCCUUGUAUAAGGUCUCAAUCACAGUGUACCUUCUUCUGGGCUUGAUGGCUAUGCUCCUCCUGCUCCAGACCUUCCACAAGAUGGCAGACUUGCAUGGCCUCUCGGACCUGGUCUUGCUGCCUCGAGAUUCCUCCGCAGAAGACCAUCAGCGCAUCCUCGAGGAACACGAAGCUCCCUCAGAGACAGAGCAGACAGAGAAGGCGCCAGUGCAUUCUGGUAACGGCACUCAGGCCGAUUACUCCUCCAUCAACAGAUAGCCCAAACUUGCGUCGGAAGACAAUCAGAACAAACCUGCAGUACAGCAGCCUGAAAUGACCCAGCAGAGGGUAACUGCUUCUUGGUCAACGGAUGGCUACCUGCUAUAUUGCUCUGGGCCGCUUUUCUCCUUCAGCAGAUUCCGUCCCAGUUCUUCUGGCUCCUGGCGGUAUGCAACCACUGACCACUCAGGAACAGGAAAACUCAUACAGAUCUCCAAAAUGAAGAAAAUCAAGCUGUUUCAUUGGGGGAAAGUGAGAGGGAGGGGGCUUUGUUCGUUUUCAGAUUUAUCUUGGAAAUAAUGUUAUUUUAAAAAAUGAAUAAUGGGAAAAAGACCUGGAAAUGUCUCUGCAAAGAGAGGACAAAUGAUUCUGUGAGAUGGGAAAUAUUGAGCGAAGUCUUUCUUGCCCAGUUCUGAAAUCUGACUUGAUGCUGGCCAGAUUUGUUCCUGGCAUCUUACAUUAUGUCCACCCAGGGAAUAUUUUCUCCUGCCAAGUCCUUGAUGGAAAUUUCUAUGGAGUGUUGUAAGUUUUUCGGGCUGUAUGGUCAUGUUCCAGAAGCAUUCUCUCCUGAUGUUUCACCUGCAUCUAUGGCAGGCAUCCUCAGAGGUUGUGAGGUCUUUUCCUAGUUUAUUAUUAUUUAUUUAUUUUGAGCAUUUCUACCCCGCCCUUCUCAACCCCCGAAGGGGGACUCAGGGCAGCUUACAAAAGGCACAAUUCGAUGUCAGCAAUACACAUAGUAAGAUAAAAUACGUAGCAGCAACAAUUUUAAAUAGUUAAAACAAUCCAAUUAUCCAAUAACAACUAAUAAAAGCCAAUCUAGUAUUCAAGGUUCACCAAGUUCAAAAUCCGUAAGUUCAUUCCAACAUACCUCACAACCUCUGAGGAUGCCGUCCAUAGAUGCAGGCAAAACGUCAGGAGAGAAUGCUUCUGGAACAUGGCCAUACAGCCCGAAAAACUUAGAACAAGUCAGUUAUUCUGGCCAAUGAAAGCCUUCGACAAUACAGUUUCUAUUGAACUUUGCUGUCUCGCUAGAGAGGGAGAAAGCCUUCCAUCUCCACUGUUCCUCCUUUCCAGAUUGUGUCUUUUGCCUUGUUUUUAUUUAUCCUGUGGACAGAAAUGGGUUGUGUUCUUCUGGAAAGUGUUAAGGGAAGAUUCCCCAGAGGGCGAGGGUGUGUUUUAAUUCAUAAUUUGAAAGUUUUGUUAUUGUUUCAGGAAGAUUUGGUUCAUUGGGGCAUAUGGGGAAACUCGCAAGGCUAGUUUUUCUGUCAUUUUUAUGGCUAUCAGGAUGAAGCGUGCCACAUUUGUAGACC